AUGAGAAGUCAACCAGCUAUUGACUUCAGAUCACUGCAUCAAUAAAAUAUUGAAGUAGAAAAUAUAAAUGCGGCCAAUGUACAAGACUAUGAUGUCGACCUAAAUGAAUUAAUUAUUUCCAAAUCUAUUGACGCAACUGAGCAGCAUCGAAACAGAUAGCAUCCCACUGAAGCUUUAAUUCAUGAAAGAGAAGAACUUGAUUAUUCUAAAUUGAUGGGAGCCAAAGAUCUUUUACUUUUGAAUCUUCCAAGAGACAUAACAACUGAUAAAGUAAAACAAAUGUGCUCAGUAAAGAAUGUAAUUGUGGAAAAUGUGAAAUUGCUAAGAGGUUUAGAUUCAGAAUCUAUUUUUGGAGCUAUUGUGACCGUCCAUUUUUAGACUCAACUUAAGCCACUUAUAGAGAGUCUCCAUAAUCAUUGGAUUAUAGACAAAAAAGUUAAAGUUAGAACUCGUGAUUAACUUAGCUAUGAAACCUACAAUGAUAGAACAUUAAUGAUUUCAAAUAUUCCUCCAAGUUAUAAGGAAGAUGAUAUCAUUGAAAUCUUCAAUAGAUAUGGUGUGGUUGUUAGAGUAGAAAUGCUUUUGAAAGAUACAGAAAUAGAAUAAGCCUUGAAACAUAAGAAGCAAAAUGAUCAAUUUACCAUUCAAAGAUAGGAAGAAAUCAAAAGAGAAAUGAACAGAGCUCAUAAACUAGUAAAGGAAAGCAUUGAGACCGAGGAGGAAUUUUAAGCAUAUUUGGAAUCUAAUCUUGGGAAAGAAGAAGCUAAAACACUCCUUAGUAAUUUCAGUGAUUCUAAAUUAGCCAAUGACAGAGAUAAAUAAUUAGAGGUUUUAGACACUUAAAGAAAGAUAAGUAUCUAGAAAAUGUUAGCUUAACUUUAAACAGAAUCAUUCGAUGUUAAAUACUCGAGAGAGCAUCUUCAAAAACUUCUUGAUGAUCUUAACAAUGUGCCAAGUUUACAAACCUCAGAAUAGACAGAGAGUUUCGUGCCUUAGCAAGAAAAUGAAAGAGAAUUAUUAGUAAAAACUCUUAAGUACGUAAACUAAAAUAGAGAAAACGUUUCAAAUGAAUUAUUAGCAAAAUUGUCUGAUAGAGUUGAUCUAGCUAAAUUCAAUGAAAAUCAAGAUCCGAUUCUUUAACUUCAUUAGCUUUCAAGAGAACACUUGGCUGAGGCAUAUGAUAAUCUGAUCUUUAUUUUACAAUAGAGGGAAGAGCUAAUUUCUAAGAGAAUUAAAUCUCAACUCACUCAUCUUGAUAUUAAAGAAAGAGUUCUUUUUGAUAACAGAGAUUAUUCAAGAGAAUAAGAAAUAGUUAAGCCAUUCGAAUACCCCUUUGGAAAAGAAAUAUCACCAGAAGAUGUAAUCAGUGUGAAUGAUUAGAUUCAGAUGGUGCUUGCUCGAAGGGAUUUAUCAGCUGAACAAAGACUUGAAUUAGUCAUGAGUGGAGUGUACAGCUUCCAUAGAAAAGCAAACUGGGAUUAAAAGCAUAUGGAUCUUGGUUAAACCUAAAAAUUAAAUGAGUACAGAAUGUAUCCUUUCGUCCACCCAAACCUGACAUAAACAAUGGCUAGAAUAUUCUUUGAAGGAGCUCCAUUGAAACAAGAUGUUCAAUAAUAGGUAGAUUUGCUAAUUGAAUAGAGAUAAGAUGAAUACGAGAUUCCAUUUGAUGAGCUCUACCAUAAGGAGAAAAAGUUGAUUGAUUAAGUUGUAAAAGCAUACCAAGCUUUAGAAGAAAAAUAAGCAACUUUACCAAGUCCCCUUGGACCAUAGAGAAUUAUUGAGCCUACUGAUGUAUCAGAGGAGCUUCUUGCAGAAAAAGGAUUCGCAAUCUAAUCAUAAUUUGAAAGAGAUCAAAGAAGAGAAAAUGAUAAACUAUUGAGAAAAGGACUUGAUUCGAAUGAAUCUAAUACUCAUCCUGGAUAUUUUGUAGAUAAUUCAGAUAUGCUCUUAAAGAUGGUAGAGGAGGGAAAAAUCACAAGAGAGGAUUAUGAGAAAUUCAAAGUAGCCAGAUAGAUUUCAAAUCAAGAGAAUUUGGGUUACGCUUUCGAUGAGGCUAAAAUUGCAGCCUACACUUCCAAUGGCAUGGUUAUUGAGAAUAGAGUUAUUGAUAUCUCACCUAAGGGUGGAUUAGAGCACAGGGAUUUAGACAAAUCAUUCGUGAUAAAUCAAAUGAAAAAUGAUUCAAAACUCUCAAGUGAGUAUGAAACCUUAAGAGAUGUAAAGAAGUAAUUGAGAGAUUUCGAAAAAGAACUUGACAAGGAAAUGCCAAAACUAAAGAGAAUCGAAAAAUUCAAGCAGCUAGCUAGAGAUCUGAUAGAAAAUGAUCCUAAGGAGUCAAGGAAAAAUAUUGGAAGGAACUAAAAACAAGAAGAUAUAGUGAAUGAUAAAAUAAGGCAGCUUUAAAAGGAAAACCCAGAUAUCGACUUUACUUAACUCUUUGAUACUGAGAGAGCUGAACUUGUUAGAAAGAAUCAACAUAAGAAAGCAUUUGCAUCUUAUAAAGCCUAUCAAUUCCUAAAGCAUGGAGUUGAAUUGAGUGGCAAGAAACAACAAGAGGAAAAAGUUCCCCCAAGAAAAACUUAAGAUGCACAUGAAUUCCCUCCAAUUCAAGAUACCUUGGCUAAAUUCUUGACAAAGAACAAGUAUAUAGAUGUGAUUGAUAGAGGAGAGAGAUUAGAGAAUCCAGGAAGAAAGUUUGAUUACAAUGAAAAAGAUUUCCUUUAAGCUUAUUUCGGCAAGGAUUACGCUAGAUAAAGAACUAUUGAUAUUGAUAAGGAACACCAAUCAUUUGGCUAUAAUAAAACUUUGAAAGAAAAGUUUCCAAUGGAAAAAUACUUCAAACUUCCAGUAUAUGAAUAAAAAAGAUAAAAGAUGCUUGAAUAAAUGGGCAUUGAUCCAUAUAAUAAAAUGAGUAGUGAUAAAUAUUUAGACAUGGAAAGAGCUAAAUAAAAUUACUCAGAAAGUUUGGAUGAUUAUAUAGACCAUGAUCAUCCAACAGACAAGAAUAGAAGUUUCUUUGAGGACUUAGGUUAAAAGAUGCAAAAUGCUAUAAAUAAACCAGGAAAUUAAAUCGCAAUUGAUAAGAAUUUAAAAGUUUUCAAUGAUAAAGAUUACAGAUUGAUCAGAAAGCAACUUAGAGAAGAGUACUUCCCAAAACAAUUUUAACAGGCUAUUGCUUCUCAAAAAAGAUAAGCUAUUAGAGCAGCAGUUGAAGAAGAGAAGGCUAAAGAUACUAAAACAUCCGAGAAGUUCGAGCCUCAUUAUUAGGGAGAUAACCCAGAAUAAAAGACUGUUCAAAUCUUUACAGUUAAAUAUUCUUAGUAAUUAGAAAAUGAUGAGAUCAACUUUCAAGAUCCUUAAAUUCAAAUUGCUAACAAAAAUUAAAAAGAUUCACCAACAACAUAAGUAGAGAGUGAAGGAAGUUUGUUAAACUCAGUCUAUGGAGGUCUUACUGAGCCUGUUUAGAGAAUACAAAGUGAUUUGCUCUAAAAUGAUAAAGAGAAGUUGAGACUAAACAGAAACUUUGUUUAUGAGCUCAAGGAUGCAGAAUAGAGUGGAAGCCUUCAUCAAUUAAAGGAUAGAGAAAUCUAAUAACUAAUAGAAAAGGCAGAGGCUUAUGGUAUGACUUUUAGUGAAUACUUAGACGCAAUUAAGGGUGGCAAAAUUAUCUCUGAAGAAAUGAACUAAUACUCAAAAGAUUAAUAUGAAAGAGAGUAAUUAGGAAUUACUAGGAAUGAUUAUGAUGUGGCAUCUAGACAAAGAUCAUCCAAGAACCUCUCAUCUUUUGCUAGAGAUUCAGAAAGUGAGAGAGAAGAGGAAGAUGUCUAUAGACAUUACAUUAAUAAGAUGAAUUAGGAAAAGGAAAGCAGACAUCAUUAAGAUAAAGAUAAACAAAGAUAAGCUGAAAAUCUGUCAUAAAAAUAACAAGAACUUCUUAACUCUAUGUUCCCAGAGCUUCCCAGAUUUGAAGGUUUCUUCAACAGUAUGAGCUCCGAUCAGCAUCCAUUUGAAGAUGAUAAAUAUAAAAUGCCUGAGAAUUUUGAUGAGGAAGAUAAGCAAAGAGACGCCGAAGUAGAAAAUGAUCAAGCCCUCUAUCUUAGAGAACUCUAAGGAAGACUCCUUGGAGAAAAAUUGACACCCAGAUAGUUCUCUGUUCUAUUUAACACAGAAGGUGAUGAAAAACUAAACAUCCUCUUUAAUAAAGGAAUCGAUAGAUCAACCUUCUUAGAUCUCCGUAAACGAGCUGAAUUAAUGAGAGAAGUAUCAGAAAGUUACAAGAGAAGAAUGAUUCAUUAAGGAGAAUGGACAGAGGAAAAUGCAGAUUAAAAAUUGCUAGAAUAGAUCAAAAAAGUUUAGGAUUAAUCAAAAUUAAAAACAAAUAAAAGGCAGUCCAAUGAAGAUUUAGCUGAAAAACUUGAAAAGCUCUAAGCAAUUCUGACUUCAAAACAAGUCUUAGAAAAAGAGUACUACUUUGAUGAGGGAUUAGGUGAAAGUGUUAAUGAUCACAUUUAAAGAAUAUAAGCAGAGCUUCCCGAUAUUGAGGUUUCAGUAAGAAGAGAUAAUGAUGGCUAUCCACUUAUUAAAACUCUUUACAGACCUAAAUACAAAUACGACAUCGAUAGAAUCUUAUCAUUUGAUGCCGAAAAAGAACAUUAAAACAUGAAAGAAUCAGCAGAAGUAAUCUUAAGUGCAAUUAUGCCCUUUGGACAAGAUGCUCUAAAGGAUCCAUCUAAACUCACUAAGGAAUAAUUACAAAAUAGCAUUAAAUUCUUAAUGCCAUAUAACUCUGGAGAAGAAGAACUCUACGAUAUUGAUAAUGUCACUCAAAAAAGAAUACAAGGUUUAGUUGAAGAAAGAAUGCAUGGCAAAUAUAAGAAUGAUAAUGAAGGAUUCGCCUAGGCAUUUAUAUAACUUAAUGAGACAGCUACUUAUGAUAAGACAAAGAAGUUAACUGCUGUUAAUAGAAUUAAUCCUUAAUUGUCAAAUGAGGAUUAAUAUAAAAUGCUAAGAGAACUUGAUUAAGAUUCUGAGUAGAUGUAGCGAGAGGUUGCAGCUCAAGUACUUUAAAGAGUGAGAGAAUUCAUGUUUUUAAAGGAAAGAAAAUAAACAGAUUUUGUUGUAGGCAGAAGAAGUGAAUAAUCAUUAUUCUCAGAGCAAGUUAAUAGUCUAGAACAUUCAGCUGAUCAAUUGGAAUAUAAAGCAGGUCAAAUGAAUCAUGACGAACCAGCGUUUGACAAAGAAGCUUAUAGACAAAUCAAGGCUGAAAUCAAGAAGAGAAGAGAAGCAAAAGAAAGACUAUUGUAGCAAGGAUUCCCUGAAUUAAAACCAUACCUUAAUUUUUGA